AUGGGUUUGAUACCAUCACAAGGAGGUGCUUAUUACCAGCAUACCACCGAUCCACAACUUAAUCCACAAGGCUCUCUCGCAAAUGCUGUUGUUCAUUCGAACAGCAGUGUUGGUUACUUGCAACCAAGAGAAGAACAGCCUAUUGAGUACGUGCAGCAACAUCAACAACGCUUUCUAAAUUACCAAGUACCCAAUGUACCCUCCAACAUUCAGCAAGGAUAUGGUCAGUCAUUCAACCAGGUUAACACUCAAGGAAUGAUGGGUCAACAACCCUAUUACCAACAAGAAACACUCAAUUUGACCACCAACAACCUGUAUCCUCAAUACAAUGGCCAACCUGUUGUAAAGAGCGACAGCGUGGUUGGGAAUCAAUACAUGAACUAUCCACAACCUAUCAUGCCAAAUGUAUCCAAACAACCUCCUAUUUUCAAGGCUACACCUACAAAUGGCAAUGUUCGUAUAGUUAAAGUCAGAAUUAUCAAUAUUCCUAACAAUCUGCCUGUUGGCGCUCUCUUGGUACUGUUGAAAGAAAAAGUUCCUGCUUUGUGUGACAAUAUCGACAAAGAGGACAAAAUUCAGCCGAAAACAAAUACCAAAUAUCCUAAUACUUACUUUAUUAUACUGUUGGUCAAGGAUGAAGCAGUUGCAAAUGCAUUGAGCAGACAAAAGAUCCAAAUUGGUAACGUUACUUUGCGCAUAGACAUUGACACUGGUGCUUCCGCUAGUGCCAGUAAUCAUACUCAACAGAAUGUACAACCUUCUCGUAGUCAAGUCAUUUGUGACCAACAACAGACUUUAACAAUCCAAUUAGAUCCUAUUUCAUGUGCUCUUUUACAGGAAGUCCCUACUAAUGUAAGAGAUAAUGUAUUUGGAUCUAACUCGUCAUUCCUUGAUGUGAGCGACAACACAUUUACUGUGUUCAACACCAUGUGGAGCAAACAAGAUGUUGAAAACCGAUUGAAAAGCCUUCUCAAUAUUCAUACUUUCCGUGAAACCUAUUACAUGGAACGUUGUGAUUCUAUUAUUCUGACCUCACUCAUAACCCACAAGCUCCAAUAUUGUUAUGACACUGACAAGAAAAUACUAACUGUUGGAGGUAAUCUCUCAAAGAAGAUCAUCCUCGAUUCGCUCAAAGACUUAUUCUUCUCAACGAUUGGAAUUCUUCCUCAUGGAAGUGAUAAGUUAACUCAGCUGACAAGCAAUGAUAAGUUACAGUUCAAGGCAAAAUCGGAGGGUAUUGAGGUAAAAGCAUGUUGUUCCAACAAAGAGGAGUUUCUUAAAUUAUCAAAGCUAGUCCAAGACAAAAAUUCCAACAGCUCUGUAAAACAAGUCUCAUCAAAAAAGGCCAACCAACAGAAAAACCAUAAGCCUGAAUCAAAGCAAGUGACACUACCAGCUAUUUCUAAUGCCAAACUCAAGUUGUUGCAACAACACUUUGCUCUGAAAUCCAAAUGCAAAAAGAUAAAUCAGAACAACUUAUCCAUUGUAUUGGAAGGGAACAUGUUGAAGAAAAAGGUAGAGAUUCAGAACUUGAUUGGCCAAUUAACAGACAUUGAAAUUCGUCAAGAAGUCGACAAAGAGUUAGUUGAUGAUACAAAGAGCGAAAUUUCAAAAUAUUUGAAAUCUCUUGACUCCAUUCAAACUGCUUUUGUGUUCUGGAAAGAGUUACAAACCCCUUUCGCUACUUGUCGUGUUGCCUUGUUGAAAAAUCCAGAUAACGAGAACACCGUUCAACAAGCCAUUACAGAGAUUAUGACAGGAUAUCAAAAGUCCAUAACUCUUCAGUCGACAAAACAAUUGGCUUUGAAAGAAUUUACAAAAGAUGUCAAAGGAGUUGUGGCGUUCAGGAAGCAAGAUACUGUCUGGAUUAAAGGUAUCAAUCAAGACGAUGUAGAUUUGGUUUACGAAAAUAUUACUGCUACCCUCUCAAAUUCUCAAACACGCUCAAGACAAAUCUAUUUUGAUAAUGUGAUUGAAAAGAAAGUUGCAGAACCUGCUCUUGAAAGAGAAGCCAAGCAACACGGAUUGAAGAUUAUGAAAUCUCAAGGUCUCAUUAUGAAAUUGAGUGGAAAAUAUCAAGACCUUGACAAGUUUUUCAAUAUACAUGUCAACACCAUUCUCAAGGAUGCUCGGUCGCAAAUUAUCUAUGACUUCCUUCCAGUUUCUCAUCAUGAAUACAAAUAUUGGACAAAGUCAUUUAAAGAGCUCGAAUCUGAAGCACAGAAAUAUGGAACAGAAAUUGAUUAUGUGAAAAGUUUCACCUUCCAAAUUGAAAAGAUCAAUAAUUGUCUUGUUUACAUUUCAAAUGUUGACAUUUUAGAUAAGAGACUCAACGCUGACAUUUUGGUGAAUAGUGCAAACGUUCAGAUGCAACAUGACUCUGGAGUAGCGAAAGCGAUUAAAGAUGCAGCUGGAAAAGGCUUUGAUGACGAGUGUCAAAGAAAAGUACAACAAAAUGGAGGAGCUUUCAAAACUGGAGACGUGAUCGAAACUCGUGCUCACAACAUUUCGCAUGUUGCUGGAAUUUAUAACGCCAUGCCUCCUAGAUAUUCAGGAACGUCACAAGACGCGGCUGAUUUGCAAGCAACUGUCGUCAAUAUUCUGAAGAAAGCUGAAAGCAAUCACGUUGCAUCUAUUGCCAUACCUCCGCUUGCUAUGGGCAUUUUUGGGUACCCCAUACAAAAAGCAACCACAAUUAUUGCCGAAACCAUUUGUAAGCACCUUUCCAGUACCCUCAACAGCUGCAUUAGAGAGAUACAUCUUGCCAAUAAGGAAGACAAAUCUGAAAUUUCUGAAGCGUAUUCAUAUGCUUUCUCUCAAUUGAAUUUCCAUUCUACAACUGUUUAUCAAAACUUUUCUCAAGACGAUUAUGAAUUGGAAGAGAGCAUUGAUUAUGAAUACUCUGGAGUAUUUAGAUAUUUUGAUGAUAUCAAAAAGGCAUACUUGGAUUAUUCUCCAAAUGAAAACAGAUUGUUGUGUGAAAAGUUUUUGGAAAAUCCAAAAGGAAGUUUUGUUUUUGAAGCUGAGCAAAAGAAAAAGUAUUUGGUUGACUUUGGAAAAAUGAUACAGACAAAUCAAGACACUAAUUUCCAACGAAAGAUUAUUUUUGUACCUCAUGGCAACAAUCACUUCCUUAAGGCUCUUUGGUUCUACCAAGAUGACAACAAUAAGUUUUGCCUAUACCGAGAAAAUCAAUGUAGAGCAAUUGAAGCAGCUUACACAGAGGGCCUAGCCCAGGUAGAAAUUCCAAUGACCAACACAAAGUACACCAAUCAAGAUAUAGUGUAUAUUGUGAAAUUUAACAAUGGUACAUUCACACAAGUGAACUCACAGACGAAGUAUGAAAGAAAGGUUGAAAGAAUUCCUGUCAUUCGUAUUGUAGAGUGUAAAAUUGACAUGGAUUGCUGUAAGCAAGGAGAUUUGCUAUAUGUUUAUGAGGAGAAGAAUGAUGGAACCUUAUACUGUGCCUAUGAGGCCAAACAUUUUAUCAUUCAAGAGAGUAAUGUGAAACCAUUUGGCGUCACUAAAAUGGAAAAGAAAAAAGUUGUGGCAAAGCAAAAGAUUUACAUGUUCAAAGUGAUUUCACUCAAGCAAGACAAGGACAUGUUCAAAAUGCAUUAUAAGCAAUUGAUUCAAGAUCCGACACGAGUUCGUUCUUGCACUCUUCCAACCAGUUGUACGAAAGGAAUCAUUGACACUUUUAUGGAAAACCACAAAGCAUUCAAAACUCUUCCACCUUAUUUAAUUGAAGUGGACACUAGCAAAAUGCCAAUUGUGGUCAAAGGAUUCAAAUAUUCGGUGGACAAAUUCUGCAACAAAAUUGUAUUCGAGAUUGCAAACUCUCCUUCGUUGACUCAGGGUGUGAUUUAUCCUUCUUCUUGGACACCUCAACUGAACAAUCUUGAAAUUGUUCAAGUUGCUAACAAUUCAAACGAAUACCUACAAAUUUUAAAUAGGUUUAAGGAGACCAUGCCAAACUCUACAAUCGUCAGCAUUGAGAGAAUUCAAAACAAAUUCCUCUACCAAGCGUUCAAAAAUGAAAUGGAUCGUUUGGAAAGCAUCAAAAAAGAACUGAACGGCUCUUGGUCAUGCAAACCUGCGCAAUUAUUCCAUGGGACCAGAGGCACCAAUCCAAUUCUCAUUUACAAUGGGCAAGAUGGUUUUGAUAUGCGUUUUUCAGCUUCAGGAAUGUGGGGACAAGGAAUUUAUUUUGCCAAGAAUGCAAGCUAUUCCAAUAGUUAUGGAUUUACAAGUGAAAACAACACCAAAAAGAUGUUCUUCGCUGACGUGUUGCUUGGAGACUACGUUGAAACUCCUUCCAAUAACUCAUUACGUUUGCCUCCUGAGAAACCUGGUCAAUCAACAUCCGCCUUUGCAUCUGUUCGAUAUGAUAGCGUUAAAGGAUUCACUGGCAAUUCAGAUGUAUUUAUUGUGUACCAGAACUCAAAGGCAUAUCCUUCAUACUUGAUAACUUAUAAUCCUUAA